AUGCUGUUUUCGUCGUCCCGGUGGCAGGUCUUGCUGUGCGCAACUGUUUUGAUACUCGGCUAUCUGACACCAGCAGUGCAUACCCAAGGGAUUUUCGACAAAGAUAUCAAAACAAGCAAAGUUUACAAGGUUUUGACAGAUGAUAUGGGCGUGGGUGGUAGCUGCGACACUCGGAUCAAAGCCGCAAAGGAAGACUCAAGCAAACCCAACCCCGAGGAAGCCAUGAACCAGAUUUUAAGGAUGUCUCAAGCUGCCAUUGAGGCACUUAAAUCGGCAGAAGAAAAUGUCAAUGAAAGGCAGAUGAAGAAGGAGAAAUACCGGCAAAACAGAAAACGCAUUACCUAUAUGGCGAAUCAAGUCUGGGGCGCAAGGGUCUCUCUAGAUACGUUGGCCCAUAACGAAAACUUCGACAGUGCCGAUAGGUUGAAAAAUCGGUACGAAAAGUUGGUUGCCUACAUCAAUAAGAAACCAAAGGAGUGGGCGUUCGCCUGUGAUGAUUCGUGGGCAGAGUCGGUCACAGAAUUGAAAACAGCGUUUGGUGGUUUCAAGAAAGGCACAGCCAUAAAAGACAUACCGUUCCUCAACGAGAAGAAUCUCGGUCGGGCCUGGUAUGACCGGACAAAAAAGGAAGACAAUGCACCAAAUGCGUACUGGUCUUCGAGUAGAUGGUCAGAGGAAGGACCCUGUGUCAAGGUAGGCACCUCUACUCAAGUUGAAGCCGAAACAGUGUUUUUCACCAAGGUGAUCUACACCUGUCCCAGACUUUGGGACCUACAAUUUACAGAUGGAGUGAACCUGAAGGCCGAUAUCACACCGUAUGGGCCCAAGGGCAAAAAGGAUGUCGAUCUUGAAAAGUUCCCAGAUCUUGGUUACUAUCAGUCCCCUGCGUCAACCAUUUUCCAUGAAAUGGUUCACCAAAUUCUUGGAGGACAGGACGGAGCAGCCGGACAGAGAGGACUUGGCUACGGAUGGGAAAACGUGGCCAGGGGCAUAACUGACUCAGCAAAUGCGCUGGAAAACCCAGACUCAUUCACCUAUUUUGCCAUGGCAAUGUAUCUUAGCAAAUAUGACUGGAGCACUGGCAAGGCCCGCAAGCUUGACGAGAUGCCUGGUGAGAAGAAUGCCAAGUAG